AUGACUGCGAAGGACCCUUAUCGACUGACUGCGAGUGAAGUUGUCUCGCUGACUUCCUCAGGGAAACUUACCGUUGAAGACUAUGCGAAGUCUCUACUUUCUCGUGUACAUGAACGGGACUCUGUGGUGCAUGCUUGGGCAUACCUUGAUGAAGAUCUCGUCUUGAAGUCUGCUCGAGAACUAGAUCAGGUACUUCCAGAGAAGCGUGGCCCGCUCCAUGGUGUUGCCAUCGGGGUCAAAGAUAUAAUCUAUACGAAAGGCAUGGGACACAACUCACCGAUAUAUGCAGGUCACCACCCUGCUGUCGAUGCUGGAUGCGUUAUGACUCUUCGGGCCGCCGGUGCACUGAUAUUGGUAGGGAAGACCUGUACCACUGAGUUUGCCUCGGUCGUGAAAGGGGGACCGUGCUGGAAUCCCCAUGAUCCUAAGAGAACCCCUGGCGGAAGUUCGAGCGGCUCUGGGGCAGCAGUUGCUGAUUUUCAAGUGCCCAUCACGCUAGGGACGCAAACCGUUGGUUCCACCAUCCGUCCUGGGAGUUUCAAUGGUGUUUAUGCCUUGAAGCCUACCUGGGGAGCUAUCUCUAGAGAAGGAUUGAAAGUUUACUCCAUAAUGCUAGACAUUUAUGCCAGAAGUGUGGACGACCUGGUGCUACUUACAAGGGUGUUUUGCCUGGACGACGACAAACCAGUACCACAUGUUCCUUUCAAGCUCGAAGACGCCAAAUUCGCCAUCUGCAAGACUCAUGUCUGGCCGCAAGCCAGUGAAUCUACAAAAGGUGCUAUGCUGAAAGCGGCAGACCUCCUCCGCCAACAAGGUGCACUUGUAGAAGAGCUCGAACUACCAUCCGAAUUUGAGCAAAUCACACCCUGGCAUACGACCAUCCUGGACUGCGAAGGCAGAGCCUCAUUCCUCGGCGAUUACGCUACCUCGAAAGACAAACUGGACCAGCAUCUCGUCGACACCGUCGAAAACAAAUCAGGUCGAACGCGAGCGCAACAGUUGGCGGCAUACGACGGCAUGGCAGCGUUGCGUUCGAAGUUUGACGAGAUCGCUAAGGGCUAUGCGGGAAUCAUUACGCCUAGUGCUCCAGAUGAGGCGCCUAUUGGACUCGAGCAUACUGGAUCGCCUGUCUUCUGUGGGAUGUGGACCGUGUUGCACACGCCUGUCGUGAAUCUUCCUGGAUUUUGUGGAGCUCAUGGAUUGCCCAUCGGAUUGUCUCUCGUGGCGCCGCGGUACUAUGACCAACAUCUCUUACACGUCGCUAGCCCUGUGGCGAAGCUUUUCGCAGAGCAGGGGGGUUGGGUAUCUCAAUUGUGA